UGGUGCUUUACCCAAUGGAGACAGAGGACGGAGGAAAAGCAGAUUUGCUCUUUAUAAACGGCCCAAGGCUAAUGGUGUCAAACCCAGCACUGUCCAUGUGAUCUCCACGCCCCAGGCAUCCAAGGCGAUCAGCUGCAAAGGUCAACACAGUAUUUCCUAUACUCUCUCCAGGAAUCAGACUGUGGUGGUCGAGUACACACAUGAUAAAGACACGGAUAUGUUUCAGGUGGGCAGGUCAACAGAAAGCCCUAUCGACUUCGUUGUUACAGACACAAUUUCUGGCAGUCAGAACAACGAUGAAGCCCAGAUCACACAGAGCACCAUCUCCAGGUUUGCCUGCAGGAUUGUCUGUGACAGGAAUGAGCCUUACACAGCAAGGAUAUUCGCAGCUGGAUUUGACUCCUCCAAAAACAUAUUUCUUGGAGAAAAGGCAGCAAAGUGGAAAAACCCCGAUGGCCACAUGGAUGGGCUCACUACCAACGGCGUCCUGGUGAUGCAUCCAAGAGGGGGCUUCACAGAGGAGUCCCAGCCCGGAGUCUGGCGCGAGAUCUCUGUCUGUGGAGACGUGUACACCUUACGAGAAACCAGGUCGGCCCAGCAGAGGGGAAAGCUGGUGGAAAAUGAAACCAAUGUCCUGCAGGAUGGCUCCCUCAUCGACCUGUGCGGGGCCACUCUUCUCUGGAGAACAGCCGAUGGCCUUUUCCACACUCCCACGCAGAAGCACAUCGAGGCCCUCCGGCAGGAGAUCAACGCUGCCCGGCCCCAGUGCCCAGUGGGGCUCAACACCCUGGCCUUCCCCAGCAUCAACAGGAAGGAGGUGGUGGAGGAGAAGCAGCCCUGGGCGUAUCUCAGCUGUGGCCACGUGCACGGCUACCACAACUGGGGCCACCGGAGUGACACGGAGGCCAACGAGCGGGAGUGCCCCAUGUGCAGAACCGUGGGCCCCUACGUGCCUCUGUGGCUCGGCUGUGAGGCUGGAUUUUACGUGGACGCGGGGCCGCCCACCCACGCUUUCACCCCCUGUGGACACGUGUGCUCAGAGAAGUCUGCAAAGUAUUGGUCUCAGAUCCCAUUGCCUCACGGGACUCAUGCAUUUCACGCUGCCUGCCCUUUCUGUGCCACGCAGCUGGUUGGGGAACAGAACUGCAUCAAAUUGAUUUUCCAGGGUCCAGUUGACUGAUGCCCUUGACAGCCAUCCACAACUUUAUUAACAAGUUACUGUGAAGAUUUUGCCACUAACUCUAGAUUUUACCUUUUUAUAAUACUGUUUAUUAAGGGGAGGGGCCCUGAGGCUGGGGACAAAGGAGGGGACUCACCCAUGAAAUGUGCCAGGGUUUGGGCACGGCGUGGUGCAUGCCCAGAACUGGGGCGCCGCCACCGGAGUCUGCUGCACGGAACUGUGCUGGCUCGGUGAUGAUUGGAUUUAAGACCCCACGUUUUCCUUUGAGCCGUGGGUUUUAAAUAAUCCUUUUCCUUUAUAGACAUGGACAAGACUUUAAAUCCUAUUUUACAAAAUGUCAAAGACAUUUAUCCAAAAGUUGCGGACUGUCCGUGUACCUGUCCAUGCUUUCUAGGGUAGGUGCUCACUGAACGACGUGCAGUGUCUGCAGGUACUUGACACAGGCUAGACGUGGGCCAGAUACCAAAGUGGGAAGCUCUCAAGAAUGAACUUAGUGAACAGGAUACCUUGGGCAUGGUGGUUACUUUUUGUGCAGGGGGGAGAGGAUAUUCAUAUUUGUCUUUUUUUGUUGUUGUUAAAUUCAGUGGAGCUGGGUCACUUUAUAGACACAUUCAUCAAAUACUUUGGCAUUUCAAACACUGUCCCAUAACUCUUAGUCUGCCUUUUGUUGUUUCUGUCUAAUCCAGUUUAUCCCCGACGUUCAUCCUGCAUGGCCAGAUCUGUUUGGUUGAUUAACAUGCAGCAACUCUUAAAAUACAUUAACAUAAGGUCACUACUGCAGCAGCAAAUGCAGCUAGGCACCAUGCUAUCAAGUUUAUUUGCUUCCUGGGUUGUUUCAGAUUUAAGCAUGCUUCGACUUUGAGAACUACUCACUGAGAUUUCGUAAGUUUUUUUCUUUUCCCCCCUUAAGAAAGCUAAAAUUCUGGGAGCCCAAAAGCAACCCAGCACCACGAUGCAGGCAUUUCUGCUUGUUCCCUUCCUGCCAUCUGUCACCUCCCCUUGCAGCUUACAGAGCCCUGUAAGUUUUGAAAAUGUUUGCAAAUCAAACUAAAUUUAAAUGUGAUCAUUAGAUAUACACACCACCAAGCCGUACAUCUGCAGUGAUAAUUUGAAAUUCCUGAUUUCGAGAGAGCAAAUGAGUGUUUACUGAGGAAUAAUUAAAUCAGAAUUUCAUAUGAGCUCUGCCAUCCCUCUCUGUUAGUUUCAUUUCACUUAGAAUAAUAAUUUCUGGAUGCUCAUUCUCUAUGUGGGGUGCCAGUGGUGUCACUGCUCCCAGAAUAGAAGAGUCUUUGAGGACAUGAGAAUGGCUGAGCUGGCCAAGCUGAAAUGGAUGUGUACCACAUGGAAAAAAUAACGAAACAUCCUCUUAAAUUGGCCAAUGCAGAUUAGGGCUAGAUUCUGUAACCUUUGGAAAUAUGCUUGUAUUAUAAUACAUGCAUACUUGAAUUGGUUUUUCUAAGCUUUGCCUGUUUUCAACUGUUUUAACCUAUUUUGAAAAUAAGAUCUAUUACUCUGGCUGCUGCUGCUUAAUUUGACUUCACAUUUAAAAAGCUUAGCCUGUCCAUUUUUGAAAUAGCUUUACUUUUCAAUGGCAAAAUUAUAAUGAGGCAUUUUGUUUUGGUGACUGCUUGGCGAUAUGAAAAAUCCAACAGCAGUCCUCUGAUUGAUAGCUUACUCUGUUCUAACGUACUCUCUCUGCAGAUAGAUAUAAGAAAAAAGUGGGAUUGCCCAGAAUAAUAUCUCAAGUGUCUUUAUUUUAGCCAGAGUCUCCAGUGAUUAGCUUUACUGACAGUGAUCCUUUAGGCUCCCCAAAAAUGACAAAGGAAAGCAGGCGGCCCCUCUUCUCCUUCCUCUGGCUACAAGAUGUGAGAAAGAUAUUCUUCAAGCCUCUUGUCAAGCAAGUGGUCUUGCAUCCAGACGGUUGGAUCUUAUCUCUAAAAAGAUUUUUGUUCCCAGAAAAUCAUGCUCUGAUGUGCUUUUCCAUCUCAAGGAUUGUACAGUUGGCUCUAAACAGCAUGGAUAUAAACUACACAGGUCCACUUCCACAGGGAUUUUUUUUUUUUCAAUAAGCAUACUGGGAAACUUUGUUGAGACUUGUGACAAAAAGCUCACAGAUGAGGCACAUAGAAAUAUCAAGAAAAGUUGGGGUUGUGACGUGCAUAAAAUAUAUGUCAUUAAUAGCCUGUUUUAUCAUUUGCUACCUAAGAUAUACACAAAUCUCUCAUCAAAAAUUAGAAUUUAGGAAAGCUUAAACACAAAUGGGACAUGGCAUCAUGUUACCACCCGGAGAAAUGGGGACAAAUGUAAAGAUGCAGCAUUAAAUCAUCGCCCACCGCACAGCAUACUGUGCUGUCAUUUCAUAGCCACCUGCUCUUGCCGUCUAAGGUCUCAAGUCGCUCUUUUAGAUGCCUUGUGAUGUGUAUCAUCUCCACACAAACAGUUCACCUCUCCAGUGGGGAAAAAGUUACCUGUGGAUUUUCGACCAUGUGUGGGUCACUGCCCUUCAUUCCCAAGUUGUUCAAGGGUCAGCAGUAUGGACGUCCCAUAGUUCUACAUGCAAUAUAUGCCCCCACGUAAAGUUCUUUUCCACCCUGAAAAGUUUCUGACUUAGUAAACUCAGAAAGCGAAGUACAAGUUGCAAUUUCCAGUUCUUAGAAGGUGUGACAGUGAACCCCAUCUUGUCCUUUUACUUACAAGUUAAGGACUCCCUCCUCCCACCCUCCCCCUCUGCCACCACAGAGAAUGGCCGAGCUCCAAGGAAGGACCCCUGUUGAUCUUGGCCACCUUUCCCCUUAUAAAUUUGGUUAAUGAGAUUCCACCUUCCCCUACCCCCAGUUGCAAGCAAUUCAUUUUGUGAGAAUAACAAAUUCUUAACUCACCAAAGUCAAGUAAUACAGUUCAGAAAAAGUAAAGAUCCUUCUCAAACGUUACUUCUGUUUUUAUAUCCAGCUUGCAGUCACCUUCAAGGGUGAGUCCCGUCCCCUAGGUGUGUACAUAUGAAAUUGCCAACUAAUGAUCUGACCUCAGCCUAAUCGAAAUGCCUUUUGUGAAUAGGUUUCCAGAAGUAUAGCCUCAGUGAUGUAUUCCCACAGAUAUUAUUUUUUUUCAGUUGUUUGUCAUUUUACUACAAAAAAAGAUUCAGAGUAGAUGGGAUACAACUCUGAAUA